AAGUCUCUUUAUGUUAUGUAUAUCUUUUUAGGAAAGCUUACUGGAAUUCAUUUUCCAGAAGAAAAUAAAAAUGAGACUGAAUUAUCAAAGAUAGAUUAUGAACAUGUUAAGAAAGAAUGUGCCAUAUAUCAGGAAAGGGUUAAAGCUUUAGAAGCUGAUUUAAUAAAGUGUAUAGUUGAAAAUACAAAGCUAGAAACUCAAAGUAAAGCUUUGGCAGAAUCAUGUUCACAACUUGAAGCAGCAUUAGGAUCUAGGGAUGGAGAUUAUUGGAAAAGCCAUGCUGUAGUUUCAAAAUCUGAAUUAGAAGAAACAGCUAAAAAGUUAGCUGAUGCCCAUGAAGAAAUAGUUCUGGUCAAAGAACGUUAUGAAGAAUGCAAUAAAGAAAAGUCAUAUCUCCAAGGAGAAUUAAACAGUCUUAAAGAACAGCUUCAACUUUUAUCUGUGCAAUCUAAGACGGUCAGUUUAUUUUUUAAUAAUGUGCUAUAUAAGCUUGUAAUGACUUUAUAAUUAGCAAAGUGUAUC